AUGGCGUCCAAAGGCGCUGUCUUGCCUCUAUUGAGGCGUGAGAUGCGAUCAGCUCGAUUCGCACGAUCCUGCCCCUCCGUCUCGGCCCUGGUCUCGCCAGCUCGUUCUACUCACUCUCCACGCUUUUCUACCCCAUCCAACCGCUUGUUGCGCCGAACCACCCUUGGUUUACCCCAGACCCGCGCCUUUUCGCAAUCUGUAACCCGCCGGUUUACAGACGAGAAUGGAGAUUUUGAUCCCCGGAAAUUGGACCGCGAGUAUGACGAGGUGGAUGUGUGCAUUGUUGGUGGUGGUCCCGCCGGUCUCGCCGCUGCGAUCAAGUUAAAGCAACUUGCUAAUGAAGCUGGAAAUGAGGAAUUCCGAGUCAUUUUGUUGGAGAAGGCUGGUGAGAUUGGUUCUCAUAUCGUUUCCGGCAAUGUCCUCCAACCCACCGCCAUGAACGAGCUCUUUCCGGACUGGCUGUCCGAAGAUAACCCCUCGCGCUUCGAGGGUGCCACCCCCGCCAAAAAUGACAAGAUGCGAUUCCUCACAAAGAACGGCUCAUACCCUCUCCCCACACCCCCGCAGAUGCACAACGAAGGCAACUACAUUAUCAGUUUGAGUCAGUUGACCCAAUGGAUGGCUGAACGAGCAGAGGAGCUUGGUGUGGAGGUCUACCCGGGUUUCGCCGCCAGCGAGAUCAUUUACAAGCGAGACGGAUCUGUAAAGGGAGUUGCGACCAAUGAUUUGGGCCUGGACCGCGAAGGCAAGGCCAAGGAAACCUUUGAGCGUGGUAUGGAAUUCCACGCACGGGUUACACUUCUGGCAGAGGGCUGCCACGGUAGCUUGACCAAGCAAGUGAUCAAGAAGUACGACUUGCGACGCGAUAGCGACCCCCAGACAUACGGACUCGGAAUCAAAGAAAUCUGGGAGAUUCAGCCGGAGAAGUUUCGCUCUGGAGAGAUUGUGCACUCGAUGGGAUACCCCCUCCCCAAGGAUACCUAUGGUGGUGCUUGGAUGUAUCACUUUGGCGACAACAUGGUCAGCAUCGGUAUUGUGGUGGGAUUGGAUUACCCGAACCCCUGGUUAUCACCAUAUGGUGAAUUCCAGAAGUUGAAGCAUCAUCCCCUGUUCAAGGAUGUCCUUGAGGGCGGCAAGUGUAUCUCAUAUGGUGCCCGUGCCUUGAACGAGGGUGGUUUCCAGUCCAUUCCUAAGUGCGCAUUCCCCGGUGGUGCUUUGAUUGGUGAUACCGCGGGCUUUUUGAAUGUUCCCAAGAUCAAGGGUACUCACACGGCUAUGAAGUCUGGUAUGCUGGCUGCAGAGGCUGCAUUCUCUGCACUGAAGGGCGAGGACAAGGGUACAGUUUUCUUGUUUGAUUAUGAGCAGGCUCUUCGGGAUUCCUCCAUCUGGAAGGAGCUGCGCGAGGUGCGCAACAUUCGGCCUUCAUUUAACACCCCACUCGGCUUCUUCGGUGGACUCCUCUACUCCGGAUUGGAAGCCUAUAUUUUCAAGGGCCGCGUUCCCUGGACCCUCAGCCACCACGGCACUGAUGCCGAGGCCACCAAACCCGCCUCUCAAUACAACAAGAUCGAAUACCCCAAGCCUGAUGGCGAGAUCAGCUUCGACAUCUUGACCAGUGUGAGCCGCACAGGUACCAACCAUGAGGAGGACCAGCCUGUGCAUCUUCAAGUGGAGGACUGGGACAAGCAUAAGGAUCUCGCAUGGCCCGUUUAUAAGGGUAUUGAGAACCGAUUCUGUCCUGCUGCUGUGUACGAAUAUGUCGACGAUCCCAGCAAAGAGCAUGGUGUACAAUUCCAGAUCAACUCACAGAACUGCAUUCACUGCAAGACGUGCGACAUCAAGGUUCCUACACAGGACAUCAACUGGCAGACCCCUCAGGGUGGAGAAGGUCCUAAGUACAUCAUGACUUAA